CCAGCAGCAGGUAGCAGCAGCGCAUGACUUUGUAUCUGCAACUCGUUUCGACUAGCCUGCACGCCGGGAGCCCUCGUCUCGCCCUUCUCCACCUCCGAAGAUCCUGCGAGUUCAACCCGCGAGUGAGCAUGUCGUCCUACUCCCCGCCGCCGCCGCCGCCGCGGGACCAGUCCAUGGACACCGAGGCACCCAACGCGCCCAUCACCAGGGAGCGGAGGCUCAACCCCGAUCUGCAGGAGCAGCUCCCCAAGCCAUAUCUCGCGAGAGCUCUCGAGGCGGUGGACCCGAGCCACCCGCAGGGGACCAAGGGGCGCGACCCCCGCGGCAUGAGCGUGCUUCAGCAGCACGCCGCCUUCUUCGACCGCAAUGGCGACGGCGUCAUCUACCCCUGGGAGACGUUUCAAGGACUGCGAGCGAUAGGAUGUGGACUCACUGUAUCAUUCGCGUUCUCCAUACUGAUCAACCUCUUCCUCAGUUAUCCCACUCAGCCGGGAUGGUUACCUUCUCCUUUGCUGUCCAUCCGUAUAGACAACAUCCACAAGGGUAAGCACGGGAGUGAUUCUGAAACUUACGACACUGAAGGGAGGUUUGAUCCAUCAAAGUUCGAUGCUGUAUUCAGUAAGUAUGGUCGAACCCAUCCUAAUGCUCUAACAAAAGACGAGUUGAGCUCAAUGCUUCAAGGAAACCGCAAUACGUACGAUUUCCUUGGCUGGUUGGCCGCUGCCGGUGAAUGGCUCUUACUCUACAGCUUGGCGAAAGACAAGGAUGGCCUCUUGCAGCGCGAAACUGUCCGUGGUCUAUUUGAUGGGAGCCUAUUUGAGCGACUGGAAGACGACAACAACAAGAAGAAAUCGUCCUGAAUGCUGAGCAGCCUUGUACAGCUCAGGGAAGUGCUGUCAGUACAAAACUACCAGAUAUACCAUUGGUCGUGUUCAAAUAACAAAUGCUUCGGCUUUGUUCAUCCGUCAUUAACUAUGAGUGCUGGGAUUUGUUUGUAUGUGUGUCGUGCUACCAGUUUCUUCUCCUGUCGUCUCACACAGGUACUGUAUUACGCAUGUGUUUUCUAGUGUCCGUGCGGAAGCUGUAUUAUAAGCUGAAAUAUGUGCGUUUGAAAUUUACUAGUUAGGCCUAGUUUGGGUACUCUUGAUU